AUGUCAAUUACAAACGAAUCUAUCUGGGCCCCGAGCCCCUCCACCACUCGUGGCCAGCCCACUCAGCUUGCGUCCGAUUCCAAAGGCGAGCGACUGGCUUAUGCUUCGAACAAGUCCAUCUUUUUGCGCUCAAUCGACGACCCCGCGGUCGCGAGACAAUACACCGAACACAAGGCUCAGACCACGGUUGCCCGGUUCUCCCCUUCGGGAUUCUACGUUGCCAGUGGUGAUGCGGCUGGUAUCGUGAGAGUGUGGGAUUGUCUUGGGGAUGGUAUCACCAAGGGCGAAUACAGCAUUGUCAAUGGUCGCAUCAACGACCUGGCCUGGGAUGGGGAUUCGCAGCGCAUCAUCGCUGUAGGUGAUGGCAAGCAGCGCUAUGGCCACUGCAUCAGCUGGGACAGUGGCAACACAGUUGGAGAAAUCUACGGCCACACGCAGCAGAUUAACUCUGUGUCCAUCAAGCAGCAGCGUCCGCUGCGUGCUGCCGCCGCCGGUGACGAUAAGAAGCUGGUCUUCUACCACGGUGCGCCAUUCAAAUUCAACACUGGAAUUGGAGACAAGCACACCAAUUACAUCUACGGUGUCGAGUUCAGCCCCGAUGGUUCGACCUUGGCCAGUGUGGGCGCCGACCGAAAGAUCUGGCUCUACGACGGCAAGACCGGUGAGACUCGGGGCCAGAUUGGCGAGGGCGAGCACAAGGGUAGCAUCUUUGGCCUUUCUUGGUCCAAGGACUCGCGAAAAUUCGUCACUGCUAGCGCCGACCGAACUGUCAAGAUCUGGGAUGUGGAGGCAGGAAAGGCCACGCAGAGCUGGGCUCUGGGCGAGGAGGGCGCCAUGGCUGUUCGCGACCACCAAGUGGGUGUCGUCUGGCCUCCGGCAAGAACCGAUAAUCUGCUCAUCAGUUUGUCACUGAGCGGAGAUCUGAACUACUUGGUGGAAGGCACUCCUCAGCCCCGUCAAGUGGUUCAAGGCCACCAGAAAACCAUCACUUCCUUGGGCCAGUCCACAUUGGACGGCAAGGAGACUCUGUGGACUGGUAGCUUCGAGGGCCGUGUCUGCGGCUGGGAUGUUGCCACUGGCCUUGCUGGAGAGAUCGAGGGCGAGGGCCACCCCGGUUACAUUGCUGGUUUGACUUCGACAUCUGAGGGUACGGGCAGAAUUUACAGUGUCGGCUGGGACGAUACCAUCCGCUCUAUCGAUGCUUCCGCAAAGACUUUCACCGGCAGCGCCUCCAAGCUCAGCGGGCAGCCUCAGGGUGUUGCUUCAGGGGUCAACACAGUGCUGGUGGGCGCUCCAGGGGCCGUUGAAAUCUUCCAAGACGGCAAGAAGACCGGGGAAUACAAAAGCAAGGUCCCCGUCACAACCGUGGCAGCCCAUGGUGCUCUCGCCGCUGUUGGUGGUGAAGAUGGAUCCGUGCAGAUCUGCAGCGUCUCCGGCUCCAGCCUGUCGCCUCAGUCCGAAAUCAAGGCUUCUCGCAAUCCUGUCUCCAAACUCGCCUUCUCCCCCGAUGCAUCUAACCUCGCUGUUGGCGAUGGACGGGGCCGCAUUGUGGUCUACAAGGUGGCUGAUGGCAGUCUGGUGACUGACCGCUGGACGGCGCACACCGCACGCAUCACCUCUCUCGCAUGGAACAAAGCCGGUUCGAAUGUGGUUAGUGGAUCCCUGGACACCAAUGUCUUCGUGUGGAGCUUGGCCAAGCCAGGUGACAAGCUGGAGGUCAAGAAUGCUCACAAGGAGGGCGUCAAUGGUGUGGCGUGGAUCGACGGGGUUCAAAGAUUGCGACGGCUGGUGCAGACGCCGCGGUGA